AUUAUAUAUAUUUUUCCCACCCUUUAAUUAAUCUCAUGGCCUGGUUUGGUCAUUAUUACUAUUAUGCAUGGAUAUGGUAUUUAAUCUAAGUAGCCAUAAAUGAAGUAAGGAUUUUGUGGCAUUUAAAUGGAAACUCUUGAUAUGGUGGUUGCAUUGAGAAAUCACUCUUCGCUUCAAGAGAAUGUGAUCCACGAACAAGACGUUCCUCUUAAGGUUCCAUUUAUCAUUGGUGUUGCCGGUGGGACGGCAUCUGGCAAGACGGAGGUUUGCAGCACCAUAAUAUCAGAGUUUCAUAAUCAGCGUGUACUUGUCAUAAAUCAAGAAUCAUUUUAUCUUCCACUCCAUAAUGAUCAAUUGGAAAGAGUCCACGAAUACAACUUUGAUCACCCGGAUGCAUUUGACCUGGAGCUUCUUCUUUCGUGUUUGGAGACACUAAGAGGCGGACAACCUAUUAGCAUUCCCAAUAAUUACGACUUAAGGAGGCACAAAAGCCUUGAACCAAUGCGUGUGGUCGGUAGUUAAUUACUCAAC